CAACGGAGCACGAUUAUCAUCAACAUCAUCAACAUCAUCACGGUUGUGAAGAUCGUGCGCUGGCUGACGCUGAUGAUGUUGAUGAUCGCCUCGGUGAAGAUCAAUUCGCCACACGCUGAGCGCCAAAGCCAGCGACCACUCUGCUCUCGGUGGUGGUCAUUCAUAGUUUGAACUCAUUAACGGAAGGUGGUAAUCUACGCGAAACGCGAGCACAGACUUUUGGCUUAGAAAAAGGACAUUUCUGUGAAGUGGAGGAAUUAGUUGUUUGCUGAUAUUUGUGUUUGGUGAUAGUUGGUGAUCAUCGAGGACAUUGGCGUGAAGAACAGCUUCAGACCUGUGACAAAAUUGAGGAAUAAAAAGUUGUCAACUAAUUUCCAGAAUAGUCUGAAUCGCUAUGGAAAAGUCAUCCCGCCCCGUGAGAAAUCGUAAAAGAAGUAGAAAAGUAUGGCCACCAGGCGACAUCCAUCGGCCGAUCAAGCGCCUCUUCACGCCGGAAAUCAAACGCAUGCUGAAGGAUUGGCUCGUUCGACGACGCGAGAAUCCCUAUCCCAACCGGGAGGAAAAGAAACAGCUGGCCUACGAAACCGGUCUGACCUAUACGCAGAUCUGCAACUGGUUUGCCAACUGGCGCCGGAAGCUCAAGAACUCCGGUAACGAUCCCAUCAAGAAAACCUGGGGCAACUUGAUCAAGAACUACAACACCAACGCCAAGGGCAACGUGGAGCAGUUCAGCAUCUGCUCGGAAGACAGCAUUUGGGGUGAAAAUGGGGACGGUUCGCAUAGCUCGCAAUCGCCACCGCCGGGUGGUUUUUCCAAGCGAUCGUAUCCAGCUUACAGUAAUGGACAUCACAGUAGCAAUAAUAACAAUAAUAGCAAAGCCUUCGUGAAUUACAUGAAGUACAUGGGAAGAAGGAACAGUGAAACUUCCGAUGAUGAAAGACCUGGUGCCUAUCCCGGUAAUAUGUUCAUGGAUCACUGUUAUACCCCCAAUAACUACAGCGCCGUGUUUGGGCUUCCCGGGCAGCCGCAAUGUUUCCAGGUAACAUCUACCACGGAAGAAUGCCAUCCAGAUUUUAAUUGCAACACCAACUCCAUCAUAGCUGCCAACUUUCCCAACGCGUAUCGGGCGCAAAAUGGCACCAUCUACCUCACGCCCAGCACUACCGUAUCUCCAUCGAUCAGCCACAGGAGUACGAGCAAAUACAAAAACAGCAUCAUGGAAAAGUACCUUCGAGACCUGGGAGAGGUCGACCCUGCAGACCAGGAACCUCCCAAUGGAGACUAUUUGAUGGCGCCAAACCCGUUCCAGAAACUGUCGGCACAAUCGCAACUCAAUAUAGCUCCCGUUGGCCAAAUGACCGGCUGUGAAGCACGUGGCCCUCCUUCGCUGUCGAAAUGGUUGGAAAGCACCGCUAAAUUCACACCUUCGAAAAACAACUACAUUGAUUGGGAUCAACCUGGAAGACCGUCCGGUUCGAAGAAACGAUAUCACUCAAGUUGCUACCAACCUUCGGAGCAGUCGCCACAGCCGCGUUCCUCCUCGCAGCCACCACAGGACACCGAAAGUUCCGGAGAGUUUGGAGUGCACCAAAAGGACGAGAUUGACGCGGCUGAAGCGUUGACGCGGUUAGCCAACAAUUUCCGGAUGAAGUUUUACACUUGAGACGCGGCGCGGGGCGAGUAGAUAUACAACAAACGGCUAUAGCAUUCCUGAACAAGCUUAGAGACAUUAUCAAUAGUUAUUUACGUUACAGUGUAUUAGCUUUAACAAUGCCACGCCUGCUGGAAUGAUGAAUUUGUAGAACCAAUUUAACGUACUUUUCGUGUGACUGAACUAGUUAAAUAUUGUAGAAGAGUAGAAUCAAAAUUAUAUGUACACAAAUAAAGCUAGAUGCAGAA